AUCACCCGAAACUUCGCCAACGCCAAUUGCCCGCCUCCACACCAUGUUCGCCCCAGCCCGCCGGCGGUGCGCGCGCGCCAUCGCAGCCUCAACCCCCCAGCCCACCGCCUCGAUCCCGACAUUCCUCCUGCCGCGCUUCGCGGCCCCCAGACCCUUCACCACCACCGCGCGAUGCGCCUCCAAGAUCGGCUCGCUGCCGCUGUCCGUCCCGCCGGGCGUCACUUUUAGCAUCACGCCCGCGAAAACCGUCGGCGCAAAGGGCGCCCGCACACAGUCCAUGAGCACCGCGCACAUCAAGGGCCCGCUCGGCGAACUGUCCAUGCCGAUCCCGCCCUACAUCAACAUCGACCAGCAGACCAUGACGCUGAGCCUGGAGGACGAGACCGACAAGAAGGCGAAAGCCAUGUGGGGCACCACCCGCGCCUACCUCCAAAACCACAUCCUAGGCGUCAGCGAAGGCCACAGCGCAAUCCUGCGCUUCGUCGGCGUCGGCUUCCGCGCCAGCGUCGAAGACACCGCAACGACCGUCGCGCCCGCGUUCCCCGGCCAGAAAUACGUCAACCUGAAGGUCGGGUACUCGCACCCGGUGGAGCUGGGGAUCCCCGCGGGGAUCACGGCGAGCACGCCGCAGCCGACGCGGCUGCUGCUCGAGGGCGCGGAGAAGGAGGUCGUGAUGCAGUUUGCGGCGGUCAUCCGCAAGUGGCGCGUGCCGGAGCCGUACAAGGGGAAGGGCAUUUUUGUGAACGGGGAGACGAUUAAGUUGAAGAAUAAGAAGGUGUCGUAGGGGAAGGGUGUGCGGUGGGGGGUUUGUAUCAUAUGCAUGGGCGGUGUACUAUACCUGGGUGUACGAGGCAUAUUGUGAGCCAGGCGGAAAAUACAUUGGGAGCUAUUCAUGUCGUUUGGUCGAUGGGGCUCAUAUUCUGCGCAAGUGUGGCUUUCUACUGACGUGUUCCUCUAUCAAUACUCCUCGAACACGCCAUACCAGCGCGAAGCCGUCUCUCACCCUACAUCUCCGAUACCGCGCUUUACCGCAAUUAAGAGAGUA